GAAAGCUUGUGUCAUUAUGCAGCGUGGUCAAAUCUACGCGCGUGAAAAUAUCUCUCGGAUUGCAAGGUCAGGCUGCAAAGUAAGAAUUUACAAGCGCCUCAGUGUGUGUUCAAGCGCUGGGGCAGUGCGGUCGGAAGACGUACUGUAAGAUCCCUGCAUGUGUACCGGAAGUUCCCUGUGCAGGCUCCGGGUGUAUUAUUUCCUGUUUACAGGCGGGAAGAGUGAACCUUUUCUUACACUUUUGCCUCUGAAUAUUCCUGGCUUGGAGCCUGAGGAUUUACAAAAGACAGAACGCGGAGAAAUCGUCUCUUCGCCCUUUUCCUAGCGGCGAGAAGAUGGCGACUCUAGCGGAGGCGGGGGAGUCCGACAGGGACCGAGAAGGAGAUCGAGACCAGGUCCAGACGCCCGCAGCCGGGGCCGCGCUGGAAGUGUCGGCCCCGGGCUCCGUGCCGCUGCGGCUCCUGGAAUGGAGCGUGAAAGUAGGCUGUCCGGUGCAGAUCGGCUCGGUGCUGGCCCACUGCCUCCCGGUGGAGCCGGACGGUGGCGCCGAACGCGAAAGGCCCCGGUCCCGGCCGCAGGAGAAGCGGGUGAAGUCGGACCAGGCAGGAGUGGUGAAGGAACUGUGCUGGCAACCGGGCCAAGUGGUGCCCAGUGGAGCUGUACUACUGCGACUAGAAGGAUGCAAUCAUCCAGUCAUUAUGAAAGGUCUCUGUGCAGCGUGUGGCCAAGACUUGACGCAAUUACAGAAGAAGAAUGGGAAGCAAACAGCACCAGUAGCCACAGCAACAGUUUCCAUGGUUCACAGUGUUCCAGAAUUGAUGGUGAGCUCUGAGCAAGCUGAGCAAUUGGGUCGAGAGGAUCAGCAGUGGCUACAUAAGAACCGGAAGCUAGUGUUGAUGGUGGAUCUGGAUCAGACCUUAAUCCAUACAACAGAGCAGCUGUGCCAGAAAAUGUCCAACAAGGGAAUUUUUCACUUCCAGCUAGGCAGAGGAGAGCCAAUGCUGCAUACACGCCUGAGACCGCACUGUAAAGAGUUUCUAGAAAAAAUAGCAAAACUCUACGAGCUACAUGUGUUCACCUUCGGGAGCAGACUGUACGCACACACCAUUGCAGGGUUUCUGGAUCCAGAGAAGAAACUUUUUUCCCAUCGAAUUUUAUCAAGAGAUGAGUGCAUUGAUCCAUAUUCUAAAACUGGCAAUCUACGGAAUCUUUUUCCUUGUGGUGACUCGAUGGUUUGCAUCAUUGAUGAUCGGGAAGACGUCUGGAAAUUUGCACCAAACUUAAUAUUAGUUAAAAAAUACACCUAUUUUCAAGGAACUGGUGAUAUCAAUGCUCCACCAGGAUCUAAAGAUGUGCCAGUGAAGAAGAGGGUAAAUCAUUCUUCAAAGCCCACAGAAGGACUGGAGCAGACCGUGCCCAUUUCAACAGAAGCUGUCAGUACAAGCAACAGGUGUAGUGAAGGAACAGAAAGAAAAGAAGAAAGUAAUGGCCUUGGGGAGUGUUCCAAGAAACAAAAUGGUAGCAAUAGUAUCCUAAAGGAUGAAUCCUUAAAAUGUAGUGAAUCUUUAAAAUGUGGUCCUGCUGCAAAUGCUUUACAUGACAAAGAACAUGAAAGGAUAUCUUUAUGUGACACCAGUCUUUCCCACACAAAAACUGCUAGUACUGUUAUUUCUGGUAAAGCAAAAGAGUCUGAACAAUUGUCAGAGUGUGCAGUUACGCUGGCAGAGAGUAGCUCGGGGCAGUCUGCCAAGGAAGGUGAAAGCCACUUAAAGGCAGCUAGCAGUGAGCUCGAUUUUGACCUGUCGAGUGACAGCGACAGUGAACUGGAGGAAGGAAAACAAGGCUCCACUUCGCCCUCGCCCACCCUGAGCCUAGACAGUGAGAAGGGCACAGCAAAAAAGAAGACAAGGAAGCAGCGAAAGGGGAGCACAGAGACAAAAUUUAACCACUCAGAGAAGGAGAAGGUACUUGAUUUAUUAGAGUCAGAUUUGCAGGAUAAGAGAGCCGACUUGGAGCCCGAGACAGAUGCUGACCAGGACUUGCUUGGCGACGUGGGGAACGGGUGCACUGAAAAGAAAGAGGCUGAGACGGAGUCUCAGAACAGUGAACAAUCGGGUGUAACGAUGGGUGAGUCCCUGGAUCAAAGCAUGGACGUGGAAGAGGAGGAGGAGGACCAAGAUGACGAUGACCAUUUGAUUCACUUGGAAACGAUCCUGGUCCAUGUCCACACAGAGUAUUAUGCCCAGUAUGAGAAGUACCUCAAAAAGGAGAAGCAAGUGCCUGAUCUGAGGAAGAUUGUUCCAGAACUGAAGAGCAAGACACUUGAAGGCACAAGGAUAAUAUUCAGUGGACUCUACCCAACAAACUACCCCAUGGAAAAGACAAGAGAGUGGUAUCAUGCCACAGCCCUUGGAGCCAAGGUUAGCAAAACCUUAUCUUUGAAUCCCAAAGACCCCAACAGGACAACUCACUUAGUUGCUGCUCGUCCUGGAACUGAGAAGGUUCGACAAGCGCAAGCAUGCAAGCAUCUUCAUGUUGUAAACCCAGACUGGUUAUGGUGUUCUCUAGAACGCUGGGAAAGAGUCGAGGAAAAGUUAUUUCCACUGAAAGAAGACUAUGUCAGAUCACAAAGAGUCAAUAGCCCUGCUAGUUUCCCUGAACUUCAAAGUAGCUUCCAAACACCAUUGUUUCAUCCAACUCCCAUUCACCCGAAAGUGCCGCCUGGACCCGAUGUCCGCAUUUAUGAUCCCAACACUGGGAAGCUAAUCCGGAAAGACUCCCAGGGAAACAAACAACCCACAUACAUCCAAGCUCCAGCAGCUCCUGUUAAGUUACCAGUUCACGGAGAACAAUCAUCAUUCAGGGUUGUUCAGCCUCACCAGCACCACAUCUUGGAUGAAGAUGAGCUACCGAACUCCAGUCAGAACAACGAAAAGCCAAGUUCAUCGCGUCCCGCAGGGCGGAAGCGACAGCCCAGCAUGUCUGAGACGAUGCCUCUGUACACACUCUGCAAGGAGGACUUGGAAAGCAUGGACAAAGAGGUGGAUGAUAUCUUGGGAGAAGACAGUGACAAUGAAAGUGAGACUGAGAAGGAAGAGAAGGUGAAGGAGCAGGUUGAACAGCCCCAAGAGGAGGUGCAAAAGCAAGAAGAGCUGAGACCAGAACCUGGAGCAACAGAAAGUGUGAAGACCGAAAUGGAAACAAGGCCAAAAUCAUCAUCCAGUGAAGGAAGCUUGACGGGCAGAGUUCUUAGGGGCUGCAAGCGUAAGUUAGAGGAAGAUGGAGCUGCCAGCGAUUCCAGCAAGCUCUCCAGCAACGAGGACGACAGCAGCUCGGAAGCUGAUGAGAUGGCAGCAGCGCUUGAAGCAGAGCUGAAUGAUUUCAUUUGACGCCGGUGUGGGUAGACAAUUUAUUUAAUGCGACAGAUCUUGGACUCAGAAGACCCUGGAAUGUUGUAAAUUUUUUUGCCACCUUAGAAACUUUAUGCCAGAACCAAUAACUAGAUUUCAAAACUGAGACUUCAUGCUUUUUACAAGGGAACAAUAUUCUGAGUUUCUUUUCUUAUUUUAAAUGUAAAAAU